AGAGGCUCGCCCUCUCAUUGGCGCAUGUCCCGGCUGGGUGGAGCGUAGCGGGGUGCUUUUGAUUUGUCCGCCUCACACAGCCUCACAACAGCACGGCCACGGAGAGCGUUGCGGGUGUAGGAGAGUGUGCUUCCGGAGUGAGUGAAGGAAGCGGUGGAUGUUAUUUUCUCUCGCACAGGUGCGGACCGCGGAGCUGUUUGUGCGCAAUUUCCAGAGAGAUCGUUGACCCGGUGAGGAGCAGAGAGCUGUUCGGUGUCAUCCUUGUUGUCUCCGGCUCUGGAGUAUUCUUACAGCGCAGCUUUCCUUCGUCGCCAAAUGGAUGCGAGUGUGUGAGGAGAAUACUAAUGAUCGGAGCUCUGCGUCCACUGUUGCUGCUGCUGAGGGCCACAGCAGAGCUCAUCAGUCAUCCACAGCGCGCCGGGGCUUCUCCGCUCUCCACUCUCCCAACCUAAGGAUUUUUUUUUACCCGUGAAGUGGAAGGCUCUGAGCUUUAGGACAGUUUUCUUCCCCUUGAAUCGGGAGAUAAAACCAGCAGCUGCAGAAUAAAUGCCAUAAUGGGCAACAGCGUUUCCAGCAUCUCUGCCUUCCAGUCUCUUCACAUUGUCAUGCUGGGCUUGGACUCUGCUGGGAAGACCACGGUUCUUUACAGACUUAAAUUUAAUGAAUUUGUCAACACGGUCCCCACGAUCGGCUUCAACACGGAGAAGAUCAAGCUGAGCAACUGCACUGCGAAGGGCAUCAGUUGUCAUUUCUGGGACGUGGGGGGGCAGGAGAAGCUGAGGCCCCUGUGGAAGUCCUACAGCCGCUGCACUGACGGAAUCAUAUACGUCGUGGACUCGGUAGAUGUGGACAGGUUGGAGGAGGCCAAGACUGAACUGCACAAAGUCACCAAGUUUGCGGAGAACCAGGGCACGCCGCUGCUGGUCAUCGCCAACAAGCAGGACCUGCCCAAAUCCCUCCCGGUGGCGGAUAUCGAGAAGCAGCUGGCACUGCACGAGCUCACCCCCUCCACCACUUACCACAUCCAACCUGCCUGCGCUAUAAUAGGCGAGGGGCUUCACGAGGGCAUGGACAAGCUGUAUGAGAUGAUUCUGAAAAGAAGGAAAUCCUUAAAGCAGAAAAAGAAGCGGUAACAGCCGCUGGACAUUACUGCAAGGAGUCCGGGUUUUACCAGUAUUGCCCUUAACAGUGACUUUUCUUUUUUCAUUUUUGGAAUAAAGCUGUUCAGCCACUGAAGUCCUGCUCAGAUGCUUUUGCGGGCAAGAGUAUGCAGGACAGAAAACACACCAGGAUAACCAAAAUCAAGACAGGAAACUUGACUGGGCUGUUUGGAGAUGCAGCAGAGAGAGAGAGAGGAACAGAUAAACGGGCUGGCCCAUUUAUCUGUGGCUUUAUCUCAGACUUUGAACCCACUUUAACUGAAGCUUUGGCUCACCCUGGACUCUUUUUUUUAAUUAUUAUUAUUUCCACCCACAGGACAUCUUUGUGGAAACGAGUUUGAUUUUGCACGUGGCUCGGGUCACUCAUGCCCCCUGCUCUUUUUGUCUUGAACACAGACAUCUGUAGGAUCAAGGUUUGAUCUUGACUGCUUUUGGAGCAUUGAAGUAGCCUUUCCUCUGCGUGGUGGACAGAGGACAGAGUCCACUACUUUGCACUUUUCAUUUGCUAACAGACAGUAGAGAACUACACUGUAUUAUUAGAGGAGCAGUUUCAGGUGAUUCAUGUACUAAGAAGCCAAAAUUGAAGUAUUUUUUGUAUAUUAAAAAGAUUUUAAAUCAA